UCGUAUGUUGAGACAACUGCAGGGUGAGCCGGGGUAGUGGUAAGACAAUAGUGAACCCGAAUGUCACGUGGAGCAAAAACACAAUGAGGUCGUUUAAUGCUACGGAGUGGUCGCAGUGAAGCGAUAAAUGAAAACAGUCUGUGAAAAGAUGUGAAGACCAACGGAAUGGCAAACAAAGAAGCAUCUACUUUUGUUGACAGCUAACGUAAGCCCUGAAGUGCGAGACUUUAGCUAGCUAACUCCGUGAGCAGUCCGUCGUGUACCCCGGUGGACUCCAACUCAGGAGAAGUCAAGCAGAGUGAAUGUUUAUUUUAAGCAGCACAUGGCCUGUAUUCUGCUGACAGACAUGGACCCGCCCACUUCUGGUCCCACAGCACAUCACAAUGGCCUCUGCCCCGACCUCGACACAGCUACCGGAUGUGACCCCAAGCAGGACAUUGAUGCCACCUGCCUCACUGUCCACAUUUACUACCUGGGGAAGGAUGGAGGAAGGGACAGGGCCAAAGGUUCAGAAAGUGUGCUCACGUUUCCACCUGGGGAGUACGUAGCAGAGGAACUGUGCAUCACUGCAGCGAAAGCUUGUGGGAUUGCUCCAGUGUACUGCAACUUGUUUGGCCUGAUGAGGGAAAGUGACCGGAUAUGGUUCCCUCCUAAUCACAUCUUUAAACUCUGCCAGUCAGCCUGUGAGAACCUGCACUUCAGAAUCAGGUACUAUUUUCCUGGCUGGUAUAACAACAGCAGUUCAUUCUAUACCCAUCGCUAUGGUGUAUCUAAGGGGAUGGAGAGCCCUGUGAUGGAUGAUUGUGUAAUGGCAUACCAGUUUUUUCAGUGGCGUAGUGACUUUCUUAAUGGCUGGGUUCAAACCCCGGUGAGCCACGAGUCCCAGGAGGAGUGUCUGGGCAUGGCGGUACUGGACAUGAUGAGGCUUGCUAAAGAGAAUGGUCAGUCACCCGUGGACAUCUACAAUGAUACCAGCUACAAAUCCUUCCUGCCGAGAUGCAUGCAGAGCCGCAUCCAAGAAUAUAACAUCUUGACUCGGAAGAGGAUCCGCUAUCGCUUCAGGAGGUUUAUCCAGCAGUUCAGUGAAUGCAAGGCCACGGUGUGUAACCUCAAGCUCAAAUACCUAAUGAGCCUGGAGAUGCUGCUGCCCUCCCUCUACUCUGAGCGCUUCCAAGUCACCGACCUCUCGGCACGCGAGGUUACCAUCGUUGUCAUGGGCAACAAGGGCAUCCAGUGGUCAAAAGGGAAAGAGGAAGAGGGAGCAGAGGAGGAGCUACAGACAUACUGUGACUUCCCUGAUGUCAUUGAUAUCAGCAUCAAGCAGGCCAAUAAAGAAGGCUCUGCAGAGAGUCGCAUAGUUACCCUCACCAGACAGAACAGCCAGAUCCUGGAACUGGAGUUUCAUUCCCUAUCAGAGGCUCUGUCAUUCGUAUCAUUAGUUGAUGGAUAUUACAGACUUGUCGCCGAUGCCCAUCAUUACCUGUGUAAAGAAGUGGCUCCACCAAGACUUCUGGAGUGCAUUCAGAGCUAUUACCAUGGCCCUGUGUCGAUGGACUUCACGAUUGGUAAGCUGCGUCGCUCUGGUAACCACCAAGGCCUGUACAUCCUUCGCUGCAGCCCAAGGGACUACGACAAAUACUUCAUGUCCUUUGUAGUGGGGUAUGAAACUAUGGUGGACUACAAGCACUGUCAGAUCAUGAAGACGGAAUCAGGAGAGUACAUUCUGAGUGGAGCUAAGAGGAGCUUCGGCUCACUGAGGGAACUUCUUAACUGCUAUCAAAAGGAGGCGCUGCGCUCAGAUGGAUACACAUUUCAGCUGACCAAGUGCUGCCCACCCAGCCCCAAAGAUAAAUCCAACCUGCUGGUGUGUAGAAAUAAUCAAGGGGCAGAGGUUCCUCUUUCCCCCUCCCUACACAAACACAUCAGUCAGAUGGUCUUCCAUAAGAUCCGAAAAGAGGACCUCAUCAUCAAUGAGAGUCUGGGUCAAGGAACUUUCACCAAGAUCUUCUGUGGUGUGAGGAAAGAGCUGGGAGACUACGGAGAGAUACAUCAGAUAGAUGUUGUUAUCAAGAUCCUGGACAAGGCUCACCGCAAUUAUUCAGAGUCAUUCUUUGAAGCAGCCAGCAUGAUGAGCCAGCUCUCCUACAAGCACUUACUCCUCAACUAUGGUGUGUGUGUUUGUGGCAACGAGAACAUGAUGGUGCAGGAGUACGGUAAGUUUGGUUCUCUGGACACCUAUCUGAAAAAGAACAAAAGCUGUGUCAACAUCACAUGGAAGCUAGAAGUGGCCAAGCAGCUGGCCUGGGCUAUGCACUACCUGGAGAAUAAGAACCUUGUUCAUGGAAAUGUCUGCGCCAAGAAUGUUCUUCUGAUCAGAGAGGAGGAUCGGAAAACUGGCAGCCUGCCCUUUAUCAAGCUCAGUGACCCUGGGAUCAGCAUCACUGUGCUGCCCAGAGAAGUACUGGUGGAGCGUAUCCCUUGGGUGCCCCCUGAGUGCAUUGAAAAUCCCCAAAACCUAAGUUUAGCCACGGACAAGUGGGGUUUUGGGACUACCCUGUGGGAGAUCUGCAGUGGGGGAGACAAACCACUCAGCACCCUGGACUGCUCCAAGAAGAACUUGUUCUACGAGGACAGGCACCAGCUGCCAGCUCCCAAAUGGACAGAGCUGGCCAAUCUGAUAUACAACUGUAUGAAUUACGAGCCUUCACACCGACCAUCUUUCAAAGCAAUUAUCAGAGAUCUCAAGAGCCUUUUCACACCAGACUAUGACCUGCUGGUGGAAAGCGACAUGGUGCCCAACAGGACAAGAGGCUUCGGUUUCCCAUGGGCCUCCGAAAACCAGGAGCCUGCCCAGUUUGAGGAGAGGCACCUCAUCUUUCUCAAGCAGCUGGGCAAAGGAAACUUUGGCAGCGUGGAGAUGUGCAGGUACGACCCCCUGCAGGACUGCACAGGGGAGGUGGUGGCGGUGAAGAAACUACAGCACAGCACAGCCGAGCACCUCAGGGACUUUGAGCGGGAAAUUGAAAUCCUCAAAUCUCUCCAGCAUGAAAACAUUGUCAAAUACAAAGGUGUCUGCUACAGUGCAGGACGAAGGAACCUUCGCUUGAUCAUGGAAUAUCUCCCCUACGGCAGCUUGAGAGAUUAUCUCAUGAAACACAAGGACCACUUUGAUUCCAAGAAACUGCUGCACUACGCAUCACAGAUUUGCAAGGGUAUGGACUACCUUGCCACAAAGCGUUACAUCCACAGAGACCUGGCCACUAGAAACAUUCUGGUGGAGAGUGAGAUGAGGGUGAAGAUCGGUGAUUUUGGCCUGACCAAAGUGCUGCCGCAGGACAAAGAGUACUACACUGUCAGAGAGCCUGGGGAAAGUCCCAUCUUUUGGUAUGCUCCAGAGUCACUGACAGAGAGCAAGUUCUCUGUGGCAUCAGAUGUUUGGAGUUUCGGCGUUGUCCUCUACGAACUCUUCACUUACAGUGACAAGAACUGCAGCCCCCCAGCGGUGUUUAUGGACAAGAUGGGAAAUGAGAAGCAGGGCCAGAUGAUUGUCUACCAUCUGAUAGACCUGCUGAAACAAGGAUACAGGUUGCCUGCUCCUGAUAAUUGUCCAAAGGAGAUUCACAAGAUUAUGACAGAGUGCUGGAGCGGUGACCUGAAACUGCGGCCUACUUUCAAGACAUUAAUCCACAGUGUGGAGACAAUACGAGACAGCAAGGACGGAUGAGCGGCGUUCAUCCCUGAACCUUUGAACUGUGGGUGUUGAAUUCGGGGAAUCAGUCCUCACAGAUCUAGAGAACAGAACAAUGACUGCCUCUGUGAUGCCUGGGUUUACGGCAGCAAUGCAGUCACCAGUCAGAAGUAUACUUGUUUUUUUUCUCUUGGUGCUCGGACUGCCUGUCAGCCUGGAGUGACGGCAAUAUCCACUUCCUGGGCUCCUGUUUACUCACUUCUUUCUGUGGCCACAUGAUGUAUACAAAUGAUCAGAUUGAUUACUACACCACAUCUGACUCAGGCACCAAACAACAGAUCAUUUCUGAUGCCUUCAAGAACAUUUUAUUAUGGGAUUCAUUAUUUUCUCUGUGUUUAAUUUGUACAUGCUGUGUCUUACAGACUGAAUUUGAUAAUAGUCAAUAGUAACAGUUGACUGGAGAAAGGAGAUACUUAGCGACUUAUUUUUGUUAAACCGAAGAGACCACGGGAUUCUAACAGACUGUUAGCCAUCUGACUGUCUCUGAAAUCAAGAACUAACUUCCAACCAUGUUCACAUCAUUGAGCCAGAUCCACCUGAACCUCACCUUACUGCACUGCUCAUGUAUGGCUUUACUUUUAUGAAUGACUGGGACUGCACAGAUUUCCUCCUGUUGAUGCCCAGACGGACUCUUGCUUGAUACUUUUUAAGACUGGUAAAGGACAGCUGUCCUUCUGUCACGAAGGAACUCACUAUGUAGAUCUCUACAAGUGGUUUUGGAGUCAGAUUUCUGUUGUUAAAGUGGACAUAUAUUUUACAGAUAUUCAUUGCACUUUGAGGUUGAUUCUGUGUUUCCUUCUGAGCAGAUGAAGAAACAGGAGAAACAGACCUUUAAUGGUUUGCUACAAAUACAUCAUCUGUCUACAACGAGGUCUUAACACAAACCAUGUGUUCUUUGUUUACAUCAUUUAAUGCAAUGUGGAAACAAUAGCAAUAACUACUCAUUAAGCUCUUUGACAGCUAGGUAGACAGUACAGUGUAAUAUCAUGGACUCAUACACUAUCCUUGUUUUUGAUGGAUACCAGCUCGGGAAAUGAUGAUAUUGCCUUUGUUAUUAAUUACUCAUGGGUAAAAAUAUAUUUUAUGAAUAAAGUUUAACAUUUUCAAUGUUAAAAGGCUUUACUAUCCGUCUGUGGAUACUAAUGUAAAAAAGUGCACAAUGAAAGUAACGAAGGGAGAUGCUUUAAAACUUACCUGAGUUUUGUUCAUGUCAUUAUUUUUGAAUCCAUUUCUAGAUGGAUCCAUUUUAAAGAGGUUGUGUUACCAUGUGCAUUACAUUGUCAUCCGCAAAUCUAUCAGUGCUCACAAGAGGGAUUUUUUUAAUUUAUUUUUUUUUUUAAUGUUUACAACUUUACAAGCCAAAUGUUAUUGACUAAAGUGUGUGAUUUGUGUUGAGACCAACUAGUGAGAGGAAACUAAUUUGUAGAAUGGCAUCUUUUUUUUUUAAUUUUCUAACUUAAAAUAAACAGGAAAAAAACAAACAAAAAAACAAAUCACUCUCUGAGGUUAUUUUAUGCCAUACAAGUCAAGCCACACACACACACACACACUGUGAAAGGAUAGAUGCCCUCUCACAUUGUGAAGGAUUAGUGAUUGUAAGUUUUCUCACAUACUGAUGAUCUUGCUGUCCUGAAUACUCCUUUGAUGUAAAGUCUGUUGUAAUUAAGACUUUGUGUUUGCUUUGACUAGGAUUUUCAGUUUUUUUUUCCGUUUUUUAUUCAUACGUCUAUUGUUGUGAUAUAUGUGUAUUGCUGUGUAAUAUGAAAUAUGUUUAUCCAUGUUUUUAUCCAAAGAUUUUCAGGAAAAGCAGAUGAAACUGCUGGUUCAUCUUUACGUUUAUUUCAAAUUCAGUUUGUUGCUGUGUGAAUGAAAUGAAGCCUGGUUUUGUCAUGUGGUGGCAACAUGCAGCUGCCUUUAAUACAUGUAUAUGUAAAUAUUGAGACGCAUAUGUAGAGCUGUGUAUUCCAGGUGUGUAUAUACUUUUUUAUUAAACUAAACAUACUGCAGUA